AUGCGUCCUCGAACGCGUCACGGUGCUCAGCGAACGCGUACGCGUCUCUUAUACGUUCUCGUCCUCGUCCUCGCCCUCGCGACGACGUGCGUCGCUCGGGAGUCGACGAGACGAUCGAGCGCACAUUUGGCUUCCGAUGAAAAUCCCUCGUUGAUCGAUCGCGUGCGAGCGAAAGCGCGACACGCGCUGGCCCCGGCGGGCGCGCUAGCGAUCCUACGAGCGCGGCCGGCGGUGCGACUGCGGAUCCUGAGCUGGAUCGCCGUGUGCGUCGUCUGCAUGUGGUUUGCGUUCAGACGCGCGUUGACUGCGGCGAGGAACGCGAUGACGCCGGCGAAUGUUUUGGCGCAACGCGAGGCGUUUGCUCGCGAGAUCAAGUCGUUUCGCACGCGGAAUGCGCCGAGCAAGGGUGAGAGGGAGACGGACGAGGUAAAGUUCGCUGCGGCGCGGCAGAAGCUGCACGCAGUCGUCGAGGCGAAACGACGGGUGGACGGCUAUGCGAAGGAGCUACGAGCGCUCGAGACGAGUUUCUUGCCGGAAGAGUUUCAUCAGGAUAUGUUUGUGGACAGUGGUGAUCGCGCGCGGGACCUUAAGGAGGCAUACGAGCGAGCUUUGGUCGCGAGCGGGUGCAAGGCUAAGACGGCAAAGGAGGAGUUGGUUGCGCGAGCGAAGUGGCACAAGACUCACGAUUUGGCGACGGCUAUGAAAUCUUGGGAAAAUGUCGACGCGAGUAAGCGCAAGGUGAUGUAUGAGGGAUAUCAAGGAGGGUGGUACACUGCGAACACGCCGCUGGGCGUGCCAGUGUACAUCGAAAGGUUGGGCAUGAUGAACGCGCAAAAGCUGCUCGAUUGCGUGAGCGAGGAAGAGCUGUACGUGCACAGGUUACGCAUGCAAGGCUACACGAUGAAGACGUUGUUGCCAGAGAUGGCAAAACGUCCGGGGGUGAUUGCGAGGGAUAAGAUUGUUCACGUCAUUGACAUGAAGGGUGCCGGAAUGUCGCUGAUGGGGAAUAGAAGCGUUCAACUCUUCAAACUGCUACAAGAGAUUGACGCAAACUUCCCAGAGUUCCUCUACCGAACCUACGUUGUGAACGUUCCUAUUGGCGCUCGUGCAGUUUGGAUGACUUUCAGUGCAAUGUUCCCGGCGCGCGUACGCGCAAAGAUCCGCGUGCUGGGCAACACGAGGGGAAGCAAUGCGGACAAGCUCGCCGUCAUAUUCGGUGGUAGAGACCGCGUGCCGGACUUUCUCGGUGGUUCGUGUGAACGUCGCCUAGACGAGUGCCCACCCUGGUGCUUGAAAAGUAUGAAAGAGACGGCGUUUGUGCCGUGGGAAAAGAAUGUAGACCUCACAAAACUCACAACGGCCCAGCCCGCGAGCUUCAAGAACAGCAAAUCUGAGUCCGAACUCUCUGCGCACUCUCUGCGCGAGAUGUCACCGGCUCUGACGACCUCUUCUACCGAGGCGCGGGGCGAUGUGAAGAGGACAUCCAGCCUCGGGCGGCUGUUCUCAAAGAAGAAGCGCGAUUGA